AGGGAGAGAGACAGACAGACAGAAAGAAAGAGAGGGUGAGAAUCGGGGAAAGGGAGAGACAGAGAAGGACAAAAACAGACAAAAAGAAUGACAAACAAACAGAGAGAGAAGGACAGAAAGAGGCAGAUGGAGGGAGACGGACAGACAGACGGAGACAGAGAGAGAUGACGGAGGGAGGGAGGGAGACAGACAGACGGAGUGAGAUAAAUGGGGAAAAGGAGAGCGGGACGGACAGGGAGACAGAGAGAGAGACAGACAGGGAAGGACAGAACUGAAGUGACUGUUUUAUCUACAGCUUUAUUUCUAUUCACCUACUUUCACGUUCAGGUCAGGGGACUGUGAGGCCCAUUCCAACAGCUUCUGCUGGCAUUUCUUGAAGAAGUUCAGGGUGGAUUUGAGAAUUUGCUGAUAUUUCCUGCGACGUGCAUCGUUUCCUGCGCUACUGGCUUCCACACGAGCCCAAAACAUAAACGCUCCACCCGCUUAACCGCGGACAGGGCGUUCUUUUCGUCAACGACGCCACAAACCUUUUGCUGAGUUCAAAGGUGACUGCAGUAUAAAGUCCGUCCAACUGUGGCAGAAAGCACUCGUUUCCAAAACGCCUCUGGCUUGUCUACGUGUCAUUCAGUUGCUGACGUUUGUGAUGAGGUCACAACUUUUGACUUUUGUGACUAGGUAAGGAAUCCAUUCUGAUGACUCUUCCAUGCAGAACACGUUUGUGCAAGCGAUGCUGCAGAGUAAAACAGUGCACCACCGCUCCUGUAUCGACUGAACCUUCAGUAUGCUUUGGGAGUUUCGCUUGGUCCUUCUUCCCAGUAUACUGCCAUUUCAAUCUGGGUUUUCUCAGCCUCCCAGAUCUCGCCUCGAAAUCCACAGCUCCAGUUAAGUGCCAUUUCCUAACGCCAUUUUGGACAGUGGAAACUACCAGAAGUACUCCGACAGACGAUGAAGGAGCCAAAAAAAGAAGCCGGAAAAGAAAACGGAGAAGACAAAGAAGAAGCUGAAAAAGAAGAUGAAGAAGAAGAAGCCGAAAAAGAAGACGAGGAAGAAGAUGGAGAAGACGACGGAGAAGAAGACGAGGAAGAAGAUGGAGAAGAAGACGGAGAAGAAUACGGAGAAGACGACGAGGAAGAAGAUGGAGAAGAAGAUGGAGAAGAAUACGGAGAAGAAGACGAAGAAGAAGACGGAGAAGAUGGAUAAGAAGACGAAGAAGACGACGAGGAAGAAGAUGGAGAAGAAGACAGAGAAGAAGACGGAGAAGACGAGGAAGAAGACGGAGAAGAAGACGGAGAAGAAGACGAGGAAGAAGAUGGAGAAGAAGACAGAGAAGACGAGGAAGAAGAUGGAGGAGAAGACGAGGAAGAAGAUGGAGAAGAAGACGGAGAAGAAGACGAGGAAGAAGACGGAGAAGAAGACAGAGAAGAAGACGAGGAAGAAGAUGGAGAAGAAGACGAGGAAGAAGACGAGGAAGAAGACGAGGAAGAAGACGAAGAAGAAGGAUAAGAAGACGAAGAAGACGGAGCAGAAGACAGAGAAGACGACAAGGAAGAAGACGGAGAAGAAGACAGAGAAGAAGACAGAGAAGAAGACGGAGAAGAAGACAGAGAAGAAGACAGAGAAGAAGACAGAGAAGACGACAGAGAAGAAGACAGAGAAGAAGACGGAGAAGACGACGGAGAAGACGACGGAGAAGAAAAUGCACGCACCCACCAUUUUAGCGAGAGUGCAUAAGUGACAGUGACAGCCCCGAAAUAAAAUGCUGACUGCUAAUAAAUGUUUCUGCCUACACACAAACAAGGUGUCCUUUGAAAGCACCAGAUUCAAAAUUGCACACUAAAUUCUAUUACAUGAAAUUAAAUAUAUGAAAUGCAAGCAGAUAUUCUAAAUGAUCCAUUUAAUUCUUUCAGUGCUGUUUUCUACACUAAAUCACACUGUUUGUCUCUCAGUCUCUUUCCCUGCAGAUGAUGAUCCUCUGAUUGAUAAUCCAUUGAAAUUAUUUUGCACCUGGCAUGUAUUAUGCAUACAAGUAUUCCUGACCCCUUAUUCAGAUAGAUAAGUGCCCCGUUAUCGAGUCAUUGUAUUAUCAUAAUGACCACAAAAAGACUAUUCAUAUUCAACACUUCAUCAGUUUGCAGGAACAUUAACAUUUUUGGGCACAACAAUAGUUGCCUUAUACCCUCCACCCCCACUUCCCCAAAAAAAAUAACAAUCUGGGUCUUCCCAUAAGUAUGUGAAUGCUAUUGCUGUGACUUUGAGAUCAUUCAAAUCAGUACGUAUUUAAAAGCGUACACCGUCUACAAUGAGAACUUUACGGAUUUAGCCUUAAAGAAGUAUUUGUUGCAGUGACCAAAUCACCAAAGACCUCACUGACUGCACCAUCAAAAUGUACUUUACUCUUUUAAACUGAAAUAAAUAUAUAAAUGAAUAUAUACUAAUUUGUAAGAAAUAUUAAAAGAAAAUAAAAAGAUAUUCCAUCCAAACUGACCCAAAAAGUAACACUCCAAAUAACACAAAAACAGAG